CCAAUAAUAGCCAGAAAACUAUGCUACCUAUGCGUCCGCGUCUCGCAGAUCUGGGACUUUUGAAUGUGUUAUCCUGGUGUUGUUUGCAUUAUUUAUUCAAGGUGUGAGUGGUAACUUUAUUUGUGACCGCUGCGUAAAGUGAAACCGCGACGGGUGACGUCCUCUAGGUGAAACGCGCGUAAUAAUGGCCUUCUUUACACUUCAUAGCCUCCUAACUAGAGGAGGCAGUGGUGCAAUGGACGGCAUUCUGACAGCGACUAAUGCAUCGACGGAUGUGAAACCGAGUGUUGAAGACUUGGUUGACGAAAAUCAUUCCGCGAACGAAGUUGCGGUAGACGUGAAGGCUACUGUUGAUCACGGACAUUAUGCGAACGAUGUUACGACGGACGUGAAGCCGAACAUUGAGCAUGGUGCGAAUGAAUUUACGUUGGACGUCAAGCCGAGUGUUGAUCACAAACAUUAUGCGAAGAAAGUUACGGUGAACUUGAAGCCGUUAGUUGAUCACGGACAUUAUGCGAAUGAACUUAUCGCAUUGGUGGACAAGAAGCCCAGUGUUGAUAAUGGGCUCCAUGCGAAUGAAAUUGCGGUGGACGUGGAUCCGUGUGUUGAUCACGGACACAAUGCCAAUGAAGUUACAGUGGACUUGAAGCCGAUUGUUGAUCGCAGGCAUAAUGCGGAUGAAGUUAUGGAAUUGGUGGAUGUGAAGCCCAGUAUUGAUGAUGGACAUGAUGCGAAUACAGUUACUCUCUGUGAAGGUUCCUUGCCUGCGGCAUCUCAGGACCAGUACCAUUCACUCGUGUUUGUAGAAGAUGGACUGCAUUCCUGCCGUCAGUGUGCAUAUACAACCAGGAUUAAGGCGAACAUGAGAGUACACCUUCGCCGACACACAGGGGAGCAUCCCUUCCAGUGUCACCUUUGCCCGGCUACUUUCACUGCGAAAUUCCAUCUCACAGAGCACAUUCGCACUCAUACCGGAGAGCGUCCUUUCUCCUGCACGCAGUGCAAUGCAUCCUUUUCACUGAAACACAACCUGAAGGAACACUUGCGCACCCACACAGGAGAACGUCCCUUUUGCUGUGUUCACUGCAGUAAAUCCUUUUCAAAGAAAUGUAACCUGAAGCAGCACAUGCGCACCCACAUGCCCAACCGCAUUAUAGAGCGACCCUUUUCUUGUGGCCAGUGCAAUGCAUCCUUCACAUCCAGAUUCCAAGUCAAGCAACAUAUCCGCACCCACACAGGAGAGCGUCCUUUCUCUUGUCUCUACUGCGAUGCAUCCUUUUCACGAAAGCGGGAUCUCAGGAGUCACGAGCGCAUCCACACAGGAGAGCGUCCAUUUUCCUGUGAUAAUUGUGAUGCAGCCUUUGCGCAGAGGCGCAACCUCGUGCUGCACAUGCGCACCCACACAGGCGAACGUCCCUUUUCCUGUGGCCACUGCGAUGCAUCCUUUUCAGUGAAGCGCAACCUCAGUAGUCACGUGCGCGCCCACACAGGAGAGCGUCCGUUUUCCUGUGGCCACUGUGAUGCAUCCUUUUUAUCCAGAAGCAACAUGAAGCGACAUAUGCGCACUCACACAGGCGAACGUCCCUUUUCCUGUGGCCACUGUGAUACAUCCUUUGCACGAAAAAGCAGCCUCGUAGUGCACACUCGUACCCACACAGGAGAGCGUCCAUAUUCCUGCAUCUACUGUAAUGCAUCUUUUUUCCGAAGAAGCACGUUCAAUCGCCACAUCUUAGGACUUCAUCCCAAGGAAGCCCUGAAAGGCAGGGGUGCCAGUGUUCCUAAUGUGGAGGUAACUUGACUGAUUUAUUCUGCUAGAAGGUGACCUUAUAAAAAAACAAAACUCUUUACUGCCGAGUGUUGCAAAUUCACGACAUGCUGGAAAACUCUGAGCAAGCAAGUGAAGAAAUUUGUGCCGCCUUUAACGCCGGUUGUGAAGCACUCACAAGGGACAUAGCUUUCAGCAGGGAAAAUCUAGCACUGUUUUCUGUAAAGAAUUUCAUGCUCGAACCAGGUGUUGUGUAGCUGAUGGUAGAGCUUCUCAAUGCAUGCUCAACGUCUCUCCCUUCAUUUUUGAUCCCCUGAGUAACAUAGCUUAGUCUUCUGUAAUUUUUGUGGCGUAAUAAAUGCAAGCUUGCUACUCAGAGCUGAAAAUAAGAAAAGAAUUUUUUUUGGCAGUGUGAUAAUUCAGGAAUUAAAAGGCCAAGGUGCCCCGAAAAGUUUUCACAAUCCUCGGCUGUUGAGUUUAGAGAGACAUAAUUAUCCAUAAGAAUUUCUUAGGUGUCCAGAUGACAUUGCAUAUAAUACAGGAAGUUAAAGGUUUGGUUUGCCAUAAAAGUGAUACAUGUGAAAGUUUCCAGUGCUAUGGUUCUAAGCACUGAAAAAUAAAUAAUUACCUAGCUUAUGAAAUAUUUCCCCUUGCGUAUUAGUAUGUUCGACGUAACCUGAAAUCCCUUUAUGCACCGCUGCAACGGUAACUGGGUGUGGUAUCUGGGUGAGGUUCUAGGUUCUUGCAGUUUUUUUCUUUUUUCUUUUUUCAAGUACGUGGCACAAUCACCAUGUGGUUAUGAGGGACGCUGUAGUGAGGGUUCUGGAAAUUUCAAUUGCCUGAGGUUCCUUAUAGUGUGCCUAAAUCUAAGUACACAGGCCACUAGCAUUUUUGCCUCCAUUGGAAAUACUGCUGUCACAGCCCAGAUUUGAUUCCGCAACCUUUGGGUGAGCAGUCGAGCAUUAUAACCACUGGGACAUUAUGGUGGGUCAAGGUUCUUUUAGUAAUGAGAAGUAUAGAGUUUAAUCAAAAAGGCAAUUCUACAUUUGAUUAGAUCAACUUCUUUUGCAAAGUUUUGUCUGCAAACUGUUGAUCACUACAUGAAUCCAAGAAAUAAAUUGAGGAAACCUGUAUAUGCCUGUGCAUAGCUAAUUAAGUAGAACAAGCAUGAAACACAUGAAUAAAAAUACCAAGAAUGCAGUAAUACAUGUAUGGCAGAUAUAACUGUUCUUGAUUUUGUUUUGGAGCUUCUUAUCCAAAUAUAAGAAGCUCCAAAUCCCAGAAAUGCAGAGCCGGGCUACGUUAGCUACCUUUUAAAAGCGAAGCGCUCACUUCUGUUAGGCACACUCGCGUACUGGCUUUUGUAAGUGCGCAUUGAAACGAUGCGAACACGGUAGUAAUUUUACAAGCCCGUCGUCUCGUUAUUUACCUUGUCUCACCGAAGCAGCCUGCUUCAAAAUGUAUUCUAAAUAAAGGUCCUCAUGAUUCUUUUU